AUGAUUGUUUCGAACCCUAUCAAGCCAUAUGAUGAGCUCAUGGAACAAUACAAAGAUUAUAUUGAUACAUUUGAUUCAUUGUAUAAGCUCAAUACCAAUGAAGAAGAAAAAAUCUCAGAGUUAUAUUCCCAAAUCAAAAAGUAUUUGAUUGAAACCAAUAUCGUUAAACCUUCAAAAAUGAUUAAAAUCAUUGGCAAAGCUUGUGGCUAUAAUCCACAUUUUAGAAAAGGAUAUAUUUCACUUGCAUUUACAAUCUUUAAUGAAUAUCAUCCAAAAAAUAUUAUCGGUGUUCCUGUAUUUUUCGAUUACUUUGUUUCCAAAGAGCAUGGUAUCAUUUUUUCCGAAAACAAUAAAUACAAAUUAGUUAAAUAUCAAGAAAAUCCAAUGUACAUGGUAAUUAUGAAUGACGACAAAGAUACUCUAGCUUCUUUUGCUAGAAGCCAAAAUUUCAAUCCAAAUCUCAAAAUUGAAUCUAUUUUUCUUCCAGGUUACAUUGCUUCUUUGUCUUUACUUGAGCUUUGCUGUUUUUAUGGCUCUGUUAAUUGUUUUAACUUCCUAACAACCAGAUUCAAACCGGAAAUCACCAAAAAUUGUCUAGAUUUCUCAUAUGUAAGCGGAAAACCUGAAAUAAUGAAUAAGUGUUUGAAAGUUCAGAAACCAGACUAUAAGACAAUGGAUUAUGCUAUUGCCUCACACAACAUUGAUCUUGUUAACUCUUUAUUAAAAGAUCCCGAAAUGUGGAUGUCUUUAUAUGGAUGUGCGAAAUACAACAAUCUUAGAGCACUUUUUGUUUACUUGGAUCAUACAAAUGAUUGGGUCCUGAGUUUUGAAUAUUCUGCAGGUUUUAAUAUGCCUAGUCUUUGUGAUUAUAUGCUUGAACAUACUCCAGAAUUAACACAUGAAACCAUGAGAUUUGCUAGCGCACUAGGAAAUGCUGCAGAAAACGGAUGUUUUGAAACAGUGAAAUAUAUAUUUGAGCAUGAAGAUGAAGAAAUACCUGAUGGAACUAUGACUUUGGCUCUGAGCAGUGCAGUAAAAAAUGGAAGCAUAGAAAUCGUAGAAUUUCUUAUUAAUCAAGGAUGUGAGCUCGAAAAAGAUGAUAUUUUAACUGUAUAUCCAGCUAUUACCAGUUGCCAAUAUGAUAUGGUAAAAUUACUUUGUUCACAUGGAGCAAAAUUUCAAGAUUAUUUCAAUGAAGCAAUUAGAAGUUCUUCACCAGAAAUAGUUGAAUUGCUUAUUUCAUAUGGAGCUGAUAUCAAUAAGAAAGAAUAUUUUGAUGGAAAGACUCCAUUCGAUGAAGCAAUUUCAUCUGGGAGAGAUGAAAUUAUAAGAGUUAUGAUUUCUGAACAAGCAAAUCAAUAUGAAAACUUAAUGUCGGGUUCAAAAAGAAGCUUAAUUCGCGAACUUUAUGCAACUAUUAUUGUUUCCAUGAUAGUUGUAUUUAUCUUCAAGCGAUUCUAUUAUUAA